UGUGUGUGUGUGUGUGUGUGUGUGUGUGUCAGGGGGCUUUAUAAAAAGGUCUGGAGGUCGAACCUGAAGUCAGUUUAGUGUCUGAUCAUUAGAGGAGCUGCUGUCACCUAUAAGGUCAAUGACAACACUGAGGUUUUGUGCAGAAAAAUGGAAGAAAUGGAUGAAAAUUUGGGCCAAGAAACUUAAGAUGCAGACGUCACUCCGGCCGGUGCAGUGGCUCGCUGUCAUGCUUCUCGUUGUCUUCACAACCAGCCAGUGUCAACAAAAUGAGAGGCGCCGAGCUGUGACCGAACACCAGCUGAUGCACGACCGCGGCCGGAACAUCCAGAGUCUCAAGAGACUCAUCUGGCUGUCCAGCGCCAUCGAGGGUCUCCACACGGCCCAGACUCGGUCUUCUGAUUUCAGCCCGUCAAAGGUCCGGAACCUGGCUCUGAAUCCAGCGCUGGUCCCUGCUGCUGGGAACCCCCAGCCCGACCGGGUGCAGAGCCUCCUGAGAGACUUCUUUAAUCCCUACCUGACUCAACAGCAAGACAGAGAGGCCUAACAUCCCUUUAAUGCACACACAUGAACCCUCUGUACACAUAGAUAUAAUAAAAAUAAUGAUUGGUGUCCAUCGUUUGUCUUUAGACAACCUGUGAGCUGCAGACGUGUCCAAAUGUCUCCAAGAGUUAAAAUCAGAUCAGUAUGAAGAGAAUUAUUUUAAUUUGAUGUGGUGUCAUAAUUGUUCGGUGUUAACUUCAAUGUUACUAUGGCACACUGAUGAUAAUAACAUUAAAACAAAUGGCAAUAAUGGAUAGCAAUCUCUUAAAAUGUGAAACCAGCUUUCACCUUGAUUAAAAAAGUACAAAAUAACAUUACAGUUGUUCUCCAUCUCAGCAAGACACGAUCUCGCAAGAUCUUGUGUUUGCAAAUGCUAAUUAAUUUUCUUUUAACUGUGGAAAUAUAUAAUGUUACUUCAAAAAGAAAUAUAAAUACAUCAUGCAAAUAUAACACAUUUUGCUUUCAUGUGUGUGAAUUAAUAUUAACAUUAGUUGGGCACGUUGUCACUUUGCAUGGCAGCCUUGGUGUGUAUGUAUGUGUGUGAAAGGGUGAAUGUUGACAUGAAGUUGAAAGCGCUUUGAGUGGUCAAGUACAUUUACCAUUAGGAAGUGUAAACCAUUUCAAACCAUUGACAGCUUGUAAUGUGUUAUCUUUUGUAAAAGUGUAUUUUAGGUUCAAGAUGCAAUUAAAUAAAUGUAAAUACUGCAUUUAACCGUACGUAACAUGUUAGAACA